UUUUUUCUUGUGUCUUCAGUCUAAUGGCGAACCGCAUGAUUUACUUCACGUUGGGACUUUAUCUGGUGAUAUGUUGUUACACCCACAAUGUCAUGGCAUAUGAUGCCGAUCCCUUGCAAGAUUUCUGCGUUGCAGACAAGCAAAACACAGUUAAAGUGAAUGGGUUCGUGUGCAAAGACCCAAUGAACGUUUCAGCGGAAGACUUCUUCUUUGCCGGACUCGCAAAACCAGGCAAUACAACGAACAAGGUGGGGUCCAACGUAACAGCGGCAAACGUUAUGCAGAUACCAGGGCUUAAUACGAUGGGUAUUUCAUUGGUUCGUAUCGACUACGCAGUGGGUGGAAUAAAUCCUCCUCACACACACCCAAGAGCCACUGAAGUGCUUUUUCUUAUGGAAGGUACGCUUUUUGUUGGGUUUAUUGAUACCGCUAACAAGUUUUUCUCCAAGACGUUGGAGAAGGGAGAUGUGUUUGUGUUUCCCAAGGCGCUUGUGCAUUUCCAGCAGAAUGUAGGGAAAGAAAAUGCAGUGGCCAUAGCUGGAUUGAGCAGCCAGCUUCCCGGAGUUCAGACAAUCGCCAAUACUCUGUUUGCGGCGAAUCCCCCCAUCCCGGAUUCCGUAUUGAGCAUAGCUUUCCGCAUCACCCAAAAGCUUGUAGAUUUAAUCAAGGCAAAAUUUGCGUAGAAUCAUGAUUGUGCGGUCUAUGAAAUAAACCAAAGAGGAAUGGACGUGG